ACCAGUUCUGAUUAAGCGCCACACUCAAUUAACGAGCUGAUGUGGCACUUCAGGUAGUCAAAAGACAUAGAAUUCUAGGUCUUUGAGGUAGCUAUAGAAAAGCGUUUCUUGAUAACCUUUACAAUAUUAUAACAGUUAUAUUUCAAAGGCAACAACACUUCUCAAAAAGGCAGUUGAUAGCAAGAUAACCGUUAAAUUAGUUCGCUCUACACUGAGAAAAUGCACAAUUUUUGUCACAUAAUUACACAAUCAAAACAUUGAAAAUGGUAAAUUUCUUUUAAAUAAACAUGCUCAAACAAAAACAUGUUAUUAUGAAAAAAAGAGAAAAUACAUGAACACAAAUUUAUGGAGGUAAAUAUUACUGUGAGGUGUGGGGCUAGUUUGUGUCUGAAACAUAUGUAUGGUUAUAAACAAAAAAUACUAUUUACCUUAAACAGAUUGGAAUUUAAAAAAUCAAUUAAAUGGGAAGCUUGAUAUAUUGGAGUGAUAAAAAAGCAUUGUAUGUUAAUAUUUAACAUGAAUAUCAGACUUUUAAAUAAGGAAUUGUGUAUUGCAUCUGAUUUUAUUCUUACACAUCACCUAAUUUGGAAAAAACGUCACAUAUUUUGAAUGUUCGCACAUAAACUAAUUAUCUGCAGUAAUUGAUAUAUUAGUAUGUUGCAGAUGAUGGAUAUCAUGGCCAGGGGCAAAGUUACUCAUACGAACUGGACUUAUUGGAAUGGUGUCCCUGGCAAGCUGUCAUUGACUCAGUCUUAUGAGGCCAUCAACCAAGUUCCAUUGACCAAUGAGCAAAUAGAAAAUCUUAACAGUUCACCAAUUGGAUUGCGCCAAGAGCUGAAAUGUCGCAGCAAAAAGCAACCCUUCCUUCCAUAUCUUCAGACACAUAUGAGGAUCUCAAGCUGGAGGUCAUGCAGUAUGAGAAUAUUCCAGAGCACAGGACCGACUACAUCUACCCCACAUCCGGGGCCAGAGGGCCCAGGGAAGGGGCUGCCCCUCCCACCCCUCCCCCACCCCCUCCAAAACGGGACAGUGGUAGAAUCAGCCUGAAUCUCCCAAACAGUGAUGGGGUGAUGUUUAAGAAAGAAUCUAUAGCGGAUGUCACCUUGACCAGGGGUCAGGCCAAACCAGACAGUCCUGUAAAUGUGGGACCCAAGACAAGAGUUUUCAAAAGGGACACCCUCAUGCCUUCGGUUGUGCCUGUCAGCACUAUUUCUGAUGGAAAAGAGAUGUACUUCUACAAACAGAAAAAUGCUGGUUUUGACUCAGAAGACGAUAGUGGGGUUGGUGACCUUGAGCACAUCCACAUAGAUGGUUCCCAGCCCAAGACCUACGACUAUGCGGACUAUGGGCACCAGUACGAGGAACUGCCCAACAGGAAAAGCAUUGCCAAGAGCCCCUUUGACAGCCAAAUGGACUCGCGCUCGGAACUCUACCCGUCCUCCGGGUCUGGGUCUAUGUCAGAGACAGGAAACACGUCAAACAACAUCAGCAACCAGAGCGAGAAAAGAAAGCGUGUAAAUCCCUUAUAUGAUACAAAUACCCAAUCCAUGCCAAGUAUAUACAACAAGUCUUCCAAGGAAGAUUCUAACCGCGCACUCAACAAACAAAUCCGAUGCCUAAAAUGUGCACUGAUAGUGUUUGUUGUCCUCACCUUUGCUGCUCUAGCAGUCAGCAUGUUUGCAGUCAUCAGUCACAUGCAGACAAAAGAUCAAGCUGAUCCUAUAUUGACACCACAAGUUGCCAAACUGUCAGAUAGCUACAGCAGGCUUGAACAACUGCUGGCCUCCUUUGAGGGUAACAACAACACCAUACAAGUGCUGUCCGACCUGAUACAGAAAGUGAACAAGAUAGAGAGCAAUUUGACUGCCGACAUUUCGGAUCUCCGGACCAAGACUGAGUUGAAUUCUGAGACAACACAACAGAACAUGGAUAGAAUCCUGGGGACUCACGCCAACAUCUCGGAUGUGAUUUCUCAGCUAAAUACUACACUUCAGUUACAGCUGCACACUAUUACUAAGAUGGAAGGACCUAGGGGUCCUCAGGGUGUAGCUAACUUUUCACAGUGUACAUAUGACGACGUGACGGACGACUCUGUAGCUUCCGAUAUUAACUCCUCCUACACUCCAUGGCUGCUCACCCCAACAAAACUUCAGACCAGUGUGGUAUUAUUUGCCACAUGCCUGGUGGAGGGCGGUCUUACAGCCAUGUUGGAGGUGCAAAAACUGGCCCCGGACCGCGUGCAAUAUAGGUGCAGAUGCUCUGGCAAAGUGAUAGACAAGACACGACGACUGUGCACCAUUCACGUGCUCUCCUGUCCCAGAUACAGCUAACUGCUGUGCAGCAAGAAAUUAAAUGACACCUGUAAUGACUAUAGCGCCCGGGCUUGCAGUCAGAGAGAAUCUUAUAUAUGCCUAAACUAAAAAGUGAUCAACUGUAAUUUUACAGUCACAGAACUUUAAACAAUAUCUGUAUGUGUUCUUAUUGCGCCCUGGUUUGUUUCACGCAUCAUAUACUUAUUAAAAUCUAAAUUCUUUGUAUGAUAUUUUACCUAGUUCUGUGUUUUUAAUAUUAAAUUAUAUUUUAACAAUAAUCCAAACAUAUUAAAUUUCAUUACAUUUUUAAUUUGUUUUAAACAGGUUUUAAAAGAUAUUGUUGUCAAAUCAUAAGUUGUAGGUUUUCGCAUACAUACUACACUUAAGUGAUCUGUUACAAAGCUGCCAUAUUACGGUGUAUAAAUACAUAUUCAGGUUUUAUAUUAUUGAAUCAAAUUCAUGUGUUCACAAAAUUCGUGUUAUAUAGACAAAUAUGUGCUAUGCUCAAAUGUCACAAAAUGUAUCAUGUUCUUUCCAAGAUAGGAGCGUAACCAAGUUACAGUAGAAAUAUUGUGCUUUGUGUGAUAAAAUUGAAUGGCUGGUACCUAUAAAUUAUAGGAUCAAGUACAUCUAACAUGUAUACAAUUAUUAGGACAAACACAGAAAAAGUACUAUUCUAAUCUAAAAACUAAUUAAAAUUGACAUUCUUUAUUAAUCUGUUUUAUGUGUAAGGAGUGAUUUGCAUAUUGUCAGUGUUCAUUCAAUGAAUUUAUUUUCUUCAUUUAGUGUCUGGUCAUUGUUUAUAGCAAUUGAACAUUUUUCCUUAUACAGCAUAGGGGCAUUACAUUGUUACUGAUAUUUCAUUAACAUUUGCUUUUCGGAUUAUAUGCUGUAAUACUUUACUUUGCCCAGCUGAAUAAAAUUACAUUAUAUUUGUGUUGUUAUUUCAAGCAAAUGCAUAAUUCUAUUAUGUAAAUUGUUGCUUGUCAUAUUUGUUGGACAUUUCAUGAUCACUCUACAUUUGUAAAUAUAUAUUUUAUGUUGAAUCAUAUUUUAACAUGUGAAAUGUACCAAUAAACUUGACCAUUGUA